CACGCACACGCGCGCGCGCGCGCGCGCAGGCACUCACACAACCAAAACAAACCUCGCCCGCCUUCACCUCGGCAGAUUGUCAACAGAUCAUUUGCAAAGGGAAUCUGAGAGCAGCCGCGACCCGCGGGGAGGCGGCGGGGGAAUUCCGGGCGCCUUUGUGCUUCCCCCCGCCGGUGUUUCUGCCGAACGUGGUCGCGCCGAGUAAGCUUCAGAAAUGGAAGAACUUAUCUAACAAGGACCUAACUUACUAUCUCAGUCAACUUUGAUUCUCUUAAGGACUCUGGCUUUGCUGCUACUUCCCUAUCAGGAUGGCCGAAAAGGCUCCAGGUAUAAACAAAAAGUCAUCAAGGUCUACACAGUCCCUGCCACCAGAACCAGUGGACAUAAUCAGAAGCAAAGCAUGUUCUAGGAGAGUGAAGAUCAAUGUAGGUGGACUCAAUCAUGAAGUUCUAUGGAGGACUUUAGACAGACUUCCACGGACACGCUUAGGGAAGCUCAGAGACUGCAAUACUAAUGAAUCUUUACUAGAAGUAUGUGAUGACUAUAAUCUUCAUGAGAAUGAAUAUUUCUUUGAUAGACACCCAGGUGCUUUCACUUCUAUCCUGAAUUUCUACAGGACGGGAAAGCUACAUAUGAUGGAGGAAAUGUGUGCCCUCUCUUUUGGCCAAGAACUAGAUUAUUGGGGGAUUGAUGAAAUAUAUUUAGAGUCCUGUUGCCAGGCGAGGUAUCACCAGAAGAAAGAGCAAAUGAGUGAAGAAUUAAGAAGAGAGGCAGAGACAAUGAGAGAAAGAGAAGGUGAAGAAUUUGAUAAUGCUUGCUGCCCAGAGAAAAGGAAAAAACUCUGGGACUUGUUAGAAAAACCCAAUUCAUCAGUGGCUGCAAAGAUUUUGGCCAUUGUAUCCAUAUUGUUCAUUGUACUAUCCACCAUUGCUUUGUCACUCAACACUCUACCUGAGCUUCAAGUAAUCGAUGAAUUUGGACAGCUAAACGACAACCCACAGCUAGCACAUGUUGAAGCUGUGUGUAUAGCAUGGUUCACUAUGGAGUACCUUUUGCGUUUCCUGUCAUCUCCAAACAAGUGGAAGUUCUUCAAAGGUCCAUUAAAUGUGAUUGAUUUGCUAGCCAUUUUGCCCUAUUAUGUCACCAUUUUUCUCACAGAGUCCAACAAAAAUGUGCUACAGUUUCAAAAUGUCCGCCGUGUAGUUCAGAUAUUCCGUAUCAUGAGGAUACUGCGGAUCCUUAAACUUGCUAGACAUUCAACUGGACUUCAGUCUUUAGGAUUUACCUUGCGAAGGAGUUAUAAUGAAUUGGGUUUAUUGAUAUUAUUUUUAGCUAUGGGAAUUAUGAUAUUUUCCAGUCUCGUGUUUUUUGCUGAAAAAGAUGAAGAUGCUACAAAGUUUACAAGUAUUCCUGCAUCAUUUUGGUGGGCUACCAUCACUAUGACCACAGUAGGUUAUGGUGACAUUUAUCCCAAAACUUUAUUAGGUAAAAUAGUUGGUGGAUUGUGUUGCAUUGCUGGAGUGCUCGUGAUAGCCCUACCCAUUCCCAUUAUAGUAAACAAUUUCUCAGAGUUUUAUAAGGAGCAAAAGCGGCAGGAGAAAGCCAUUAAAAGAAGGGAGGCACUUGAACGAGCAAAAAGAAAUGGAAGCAUUGUCUCAAUGAAUUUAAAAGAUGCCUUUGCUCGCAGUAUGGAACUGAUUGAUGUAGCUGUUGAUACUGGUAAAACUGAGGAAGCAGCCAGUUCAAAGGAAACUCCCGAUGACAACAACUCAUCUCCAAGCCGUUGGAAAUGGGCCAGAAGGACAAUGUCUGAGACAAGUUCUAAUAAAUCCUUGGAGAACAAAUACCAGGAAGUGAGCCAGCAAGAUUCCCAUGAACAGCUAAACAAUGCAGCAGCAACCUCCAGCCCUCAACACUUGAGUGCUCAGAAACUUGAACUAUUAUAUAAUGAAAUUACUAAAACUCAGUCUCAGCCUAAUCUGAAUUCCACCUACCAAGGCCCUUCAGGGAAACCUUCCCUCUGUGAGGAGGAGAUAGAAAUGGAAGAGGUCACUGGACAAGGAGACACAUCUGUGACAGGGCCCAAAGAUGUCAUCCCUGACAUGAGAAGCACUUCUAGCAUUGACAGCUUUGCCAGCUGUGCCACUGAUUUCACAGAGACAGAACGGUCACCUCUGCCUCCAUAUUCCAGUUCUGACUUGCAACCAAGAUUUCCCACUGAGUCUGCCCACCUAGAAGAUCAAACAGCAAAAGAUUCUCAACUUUUACCACUCAUGAAAGAUAAAAUGUUUUCCCCCAGGGAUGCCAGCUUUGAUUACUCCUCAGCCAAUACAAUGAUGAGUUCUGAGAACCCCUGUUCUCAUGCUCUCCUUCACGGUCACUUUCACUUUGUCAAUGCCACGGAGAGUCCAAAAAGUUCUCUCAAAGGAAGCAACCCUUUAAAGUCAAGGUCACUUAAGGUUAAUUUUAAGGAAAACAGAGGUGGUGCUCCACAAACCCCACCAAGCACCACAAGGCCAUUGCCAGUGUUGGCAACAGGAGACUUCCUACAAUCCACCCCUCAGCAUAUCAGCACUAUCCUCUUAGAAGAGAAUUCGCCACGGGGGGAAAGACCCCUGCUGGGUGCAGAUGCUUCUGUAGCUUCUAAGCAAUCAUGCCCUCUGUUCCCCAGACAGAAACUUUUUUCUUUCCCUUCAAAAGAGAGAAGUUUCACUGAAAUAGAUACUGGUGAAGAAGAUGACUUAUUGGAAAUCCAUGGCAUAAGGCACAACAGGCAGUUGGAUAUCAAGGCAAACUGCUUUGGGGAUAAACUUAAGGAUGGGAACUAUUUAAUAGAAGAGUCUGAAGUCAUCUCUUCUUCACCCAAAUCUUUGGGUCAUAACUGCACUCAAGACAUUUAUCGUGUUGCGGGGGAAGUAACAGGGGACAGUAGUCAAGAAGGUCAUAAAAUGGAAAACCAUUUGUUUUCCCCAGAAAUCCAUACAAAUCCUAGUGAUCCUGGUUACUGUCCCACCAGGGAAACCAGCAUGUGACUAGUUAGGAGAGCAAUAAUGACAAAAACUCAUUUCUUAAAACUGGAAUUAGCAAUGCCUAUGAAUUUAAAAAGGGAAGCCUCAAAAGUAAAUAAAAUAUUAUUUUUGCAUGGCAUGAAGAAUUGCUUAGUUUAAGUACAUUUUAAUUUAAAAGCAAAAAAAAAACUUUUUUUUUCUAACAAAAGAUAAAUCAGGAAAAAUGCAACAAGAACCAAGUAAAAUAAAAUGCUCUUUUCAGAGAUGAUCUUCUGCAAUGCUUAACACUAUUAAUACUUUCAUUUAUGAUUGUAGAUAAUGGAUUUUAAUUAACUUUUAUUUUUCCUUUUGAAUUUCAGAAUUUGCACAUGAAAGGAUGAAAUGUUGAUUCAUAAGUCAAUAAUAGUGUGAAAUAAGGUGCUUUGAGUCUGCAAAAUGCAUACUUUUGUAAAUAAUUUGGGUUUGUUGGGACGUUUCCAGUUAUCAAGGAUUUGUGGAAAACAGGUUUCUUGGGACACAGAUACUUCCUUCAAGUCCACUGCCUGGAGGAUUUGUAUAGACUUAUGUUGCAGAAUUGCAGCUUAUUUUUAGAGCAUCUUAUCUAUCUUGCUUUCUCUUUAAAUGCCCAUCAAAUGUAAGCUGUUUGUUUAAGAAAACUGCAGUGUUUUCUCAUUUCUUUGUGAAGUGAACCAUAGCUUCAAUUAUUUUUAUUUGCAUAGAUGUCAUGGAUGCACUUGAAGUUUCUUGAAAAAAAUUCUCUUAAGACUGGGCAAGAUUUAAUGACCAGGAAUUGAACUUUUGUUAGACCUGCCAAAUUCAAAGCAAACAAGAAACCAUUAUGUUCUGAAAUAAAAUUAUUUUUAUGGUAAUAAAAUGUGCCAAAUGACAUGAAAGCUGAUUAUUUUAUCCUAAGAGUUUAACAAUCUUAUAUUACAGUUGUGAUUACUGUAUGCACUAUUGUUAAACUCUUAAUGUUUUUAGACUACUUGUUAUUGUAUAUCUGCUGUUUUCUUUAACAGCAGUGUGUCAUUUGCACAUCAUUUUUCAUCCCAAUUUAGUUAUUGUUUGAUUUCAGAAUGCUGUACCAGUAUCAUUCCAUGAAUCAACCAAAAGAAUUGCCACCAUAUGCAAAGUCAGAAAAUGUAUCUCUCAGAGGAGAUUAUGAAGGUUCACACACUGUGCAAAGCUGUAAUGUGGAUUGUUUAUGUUUACCUUAGAGUAUGAUGUGAAUCUGGUCAGGGUGGUUUGUAAAUAGUGGCAUAUGGCUUAAAAAUGUGUAAACCCUGUAAUUGUGCUUAUUCAGCAAAAUGUCUGAGUGCCUCAAUUUUGCACAAGGAAUCUUGAAUGCAGAUGGGUUCACUCAUAAUUAUUACCAUUUCUAUGUAAUUAUAGUAAUUAAGAUCCAGAAAAUGGAAUAUUUUGAAACCUCCAUUCUUCAUCUUCAUGAUAUCUCUUCUAUCACAAGCACUCUAGUCAAUCCUUUUUCUUUUUUUGCCAGAUUCCCAUGACUAAUUCUACUAAUUUAAAUAAAAUAUUUAAUACAUCAGCUAUUUUAGAAUCCCAAAAUUUAGUAGUAGGCUUAAACAGCAUUUUAACUGUGUUACUUUUUUUUUUUAACUAACUUAACAUAUUUCUCAGUCACACUUAUUCUCUGGGGCCAGGGAGCACAUUUGGAAUUUGGGGAACUUGUAGGGAAUUAAGGUGGUGGAAUGGGGGAGGUUGGGGAAAACCAGGUUCAAGUCCACCCCCAACUAGGAAAACUCACUUGGGUUAGUCAUUUCUCUCCCAGCCCAACCUACAGCCCAACAGUGUUGUGGGAUGCAGUAAAGACAGAACUCCGUGUAGCUCUUGGAGGAAAAAAAACAAAACAUAUAAAUCUGACAAAUAAUAUAAUAACCUCAUGGUGCAAGUGAUGAGAUACCUCCUGUGGUUCAGCAGAAUUCUCUUCAGAAUCACAGUUUAGCUUCAUCAAUUUUCCCCUGGGCAAAUGACACAUUUUCAGGCCAAACAUAGGGUGCCGCUGUCCACAAUUGUUUUCUAAGAAUGCCUAGUCCAAAACCCUUUUUUAUUAAAAAAAAAAAAAAUGGAUGACGCUGAAGGCCCAUGCAUGGCUUUGCAAGGUGCCAGUUUCUCAUGUACAUUUUUUCCAGUUAAAAGGUUGUUUUUUAAAGUGAGCCAAGCACUAAGGAAAAACAUUUAUUGCCUACUCUUUUUAUAUAGCUAAACAGAGUUCAAAAAUUCCCAUAAGUUUUUUAAAAGCCCAUUUUUAUUUCGUUAUUUGCAUCAAAACAGCUUUCAGUGGAGAAAUAGUGUGUGUUACUGUAUAGCUCAUGAAUUUUACUUUUCCUAAAUACAGUACCAACUAAAAAUUUGCAAACUUGUAUUUCACUCUUUGGACCAAAUAUUAAGCACAGGAGAUGUUUUAAAAACGUGUUGUUUAAAUUCCUCUUAAGACUUGCUUUUUCUAUUAAAUUAUGUGUCUCCAGAUCCAUAUCUGAUUAAUUUAAAUAUCGGGGUUAAAUGUCAUUUCUAAAACAGCCAAUGUCUGGUCAUUAAGUCUCAAAGUAUUUAUUAGUUCUUUAUGACAAUCCAAGUAAUUCUAUUUUUGCAUAAGAUUUGACUUAAUUGCAUGGCAAUCCACUUGAUCUGGUUCAAUUACUUAUAUUCUGUUCCUUGAAGCUCCUUUAUUUGUUUGUCUUCUUUCAUGGGUAGAUAUUCCCAUUAACAGACACUUAAAUGCUAGCUAAAACCCUUUUAGAGAUGUUGCAUUGUUAUUUCAGUUUGUUUAUUUACAUCAUGCAUAUGUUUUCUGCCUUUUUUCAGACAGCUGUAUCUGCCUUUUUUCAGACUGUCAAAAGUAAAAGCUAAGUGAAAUGUUAGCCUUAGGUUGGAAACAGCAGCUUGCUCAGUGAUUUCAAUGAAGUCAUGAUUUCACUCAUAAUCUCUACCCAAAGAAAACUCUUGGUGACUUCCAUAAAUUCUGAGUUAAAGAUCUAAAGUCCAAAAGUGAAAAUUUGCUCUUCUCCAAUUAAAUAAUGAAAACCUUUCUGUCUUUAUAGUCCUGAUGGUGUAUCACAUGAUACAAACAUUUUAACUUGCUGUCUUAUAGAAGAGAAAAAGCAACUGGUGUACUGUAUUGCUUUAGAUGCAGUGAAACCUUGUAAUCUGUUUCCCAUACCAAGUCUGUAAACUAUAGUCUCAAAGCCCUUUGCUACUGAAAAUACUGUUUUCAACAUACUUUUAAAAAUCUUAUUCCAUAUAUGUUUGUGAAGUAAUUCAACUGCUGUCACUGAAAGCUGAUCAUCAGCCUAGGAAGAAAUUUGAAGAUUUAUGAAUUGCUCUUAUGAUAGCAGUAAAAUAAAAGAUGCUUCAUUCAUUCUGUAGAGAUAUUGCUACUGAAUGCCAUGUGCUCUUAUUCUAAAGGAAGUGUUAGAACUAGCACCUUAUUAAAACAGUAUGUUCUUGUAAGGCAGGAAUGUGGGAUCUGUGACUUUCCUGUCUGCUGAAUUUAAAUUCUCAGCAUCUCAUAUCUGGCCAUAAUGGCUACUGUUGCUGGAAGUUGUCCAGGUUCCCCACCCCAGCAUAGAAAUGCCAUCUGGACUGACAAUACCAAAUGGCAUGCAAGCCACUAUGAAAUACGUUAAUGAUUAGCCCAAAGUCACUCAAUGGCUGGAAUCCUGUGGAUAGACUUGAACCUGAACCUCCACAGUCCUUGUUCCACUCUAGCACUCUAACCACUACUUCAUCCUGCCUCUUUCUAAGCAAACACUAAUAUUUAACAUAAUUUUUCAUUCCUUGUCAUCUAAAGUAAAAAAACUGUCAACAUAUUAACAUAGAAAACUUUUGACACACUUGUACAUGUGUAUGGAGAAAAUCAAUCUAUGUGAUCACUAAGAGUUGACAACAACUUGAUGUCACAUAAUCAAUCAAUCACAUGUGUAUCAAAUAGUCUUAAUUCACCAAGGUUCAUUUUUCAUUAUUAUUUCAAAAGCAAGCCAAAUUAAGCUUAUAAAAAAAAGAAUGGAAUGUGUUACUCAUUUUUAAGUGUAGAACAUUUAUUAUAGGUAGCAAUUAUAGUACUUUUGGCUAUGAUGGAUGCCCUGCUUUUUAAAUUAUGCUGUAAUUCUGUAAAAUAUUUGGCCACACUAAACAUCUUGAAGAAAUUGCUGAAUCAAACCCAGUAUGGAAAAAAGGAGGGAAGAAAACCAGAAGUCUUGUGAGUAUAUGUGACAUGUUUAAAAACAUUUUAAUAUAUUUGCUUGUUAAUUAUUGUAGCAAAGAGCAAUAUUAAAACUUUUCAUUCCAGUCCUCUUACAUAUCAGUUAUAAUUGAAACCACCCUUUAAAAAAAUCAAUUAAUUAGAGUGGUUUAUGCUUGGCCACUCAGGUUACAUUCUUCUAGCCAGGUUCAGCUGAAGUCAAUGGGCGAAAUUAUGAAUAAACCAAAGUAUCAUAUUUAUUAUGUUUGAAAUGUGAAUAGCUCGAUAUAAGUCCACUUCAUAGCAGAUUUUCAGGGAAGGGAGACAUAAAAACUAUCUACAAUAAAAAUGUUUGCAAUCUGGUCUUAAACAUUUCCCUUCUACUAUAAAAAGUGUGAAAACAAUUUUCCCCACUCUUUACAUUCCCUAUUGCAUUGACAGAGUUCUCAAACUGUCAGUCUAGACAGUCUGUCUAGACUGGCAGUACUAGACUUUGUACUCUCAGUACCAAGAAAGGGGAGUUGUGCUAGAGCAGGGUAGAAACCAGUGGCCCUUCAGAUGUUGCUGACUAUAGUCCCCAGCAUCUCUUACCAGGCCAUGUUGGCUUAGGUUGUUGAAAGCUGCAGUACAGCAACACCUGGAUUGCUCAGGUUCCCCAGCUUAUGUAUUGCUUAUUGCACAGGAGAAAAUACAGAAAGAACUGUACAUUAUCUGGUUCCUCCCCAACCUGGUCUCCUUUAUAACUCAAUUUAUUGCUCAUCCCAAAUAAGGAAAACACUUGAGUUGGAUUUAACAGUUCUUCUUGCACAUAGGGUAGGGGAGAAGGUGAUUCUUCCACAUAAAUGCACUCGUGGAGAUUAAUGCUGCUCAACACCACUGCUCUUGUCCUCAGGACUGAUUUUUUAGGAAGAGUCUGCUGCACCUAGGUGAAAAACUACCACACCUGCAUAACUUAUAUGAUGGAACAUGUCUUCUGCUCACACCAAUGGGAAAAAAACUUACAGUGGUUUCUCCAACUGCCUGGCUCAGAGCAGUUGGCACUGGAAAAUUUCACCCAAGUCCCUGGAUGUAGGGCAGAGUUUGAGACUUAUACCUCUUUAUAUUCUCAGCAAAUUAUGCAAAGCUUAGCCACGGACUUGAUAUACAGGUCAGUGAUGGUUGUGCAGAUGACAUGAAAAUACUUAGGGAUCAGUUUCCUGCAAAGAACAUUGCUCAGCACUUAACUUGUUGCAUUGAGAUAACUGUACAUUAAUAAUAUAUACUGUCUUAUGUUUAUAAGUUAUAUAUCACUGGUAUUUGUUUCUUAUCUACAAGAAUAGGAAUUCAGUUUAAUUUAUUUUAACAUUGUUUUCUUCUGAAUGCUACAAAUGCUGGAAGGGGAAAAAAGCACAACAGUAUUUUUUUAUGAUGAUGAUGAUGACGACGACGACAACUUCUUUUGCCGCAAUAUGUCUUUACUGUUCAGUUUCAAGGAACGGCAGCAUUUCAUUGUGAACUGCUAGACUAACAAGUUAUCCUCAUUUUUAAAAAAAAACUGAGAAAUGUACUUUCAGUGGGAGAUACAAACACGUCUUGUCAAAUGUCAUUCUGCUGCCUUUACAAAAUGCCCCAUAUAAAAUGGAAAAAAUUGCUAGUUUUGUUGAGUAUAUUAUUCAUCUUUUAAGGAUGGAUGCUGGGAUGAAAAUAAUAUUCAUAUAGGACACUUUUCAAGAGUACUUGCUUGCAUUAUUUACUCGAAAUGUCUUAGUUUCACCAUUUUUUUUCUCAGUUAGGAAUACCAGCUUAACCCCUUGCCUUUUUCUGUCUUAAACCAUUAAUGGAAUUUCACAUAUAAUAGUAUUCAUUAUCAAUGUGUUUGUAUCAAUGUUUCCAUCUCAGCUGCAUUUUAACAUCAUGAAAAGGAAAUGUGAUGUUUUGAAAUUUGGAUUUUCCUUUCCUAUCCUUUUUUUCUUUCUUUCUGUUUUAAUUCUGUUACAUUUGCUGAUCAAGUAAAUAUUUCUGCACAAAUCAGCAUAUAAAUAUGCAUGUUGUAGCUGUAUUGUACAAUUGUUCAGCAUCAGGAUACUUGUUUAUUUUCUGUCAAAUGUCUGUAAAAUAAAUGGCAUUGUUCUCCAUUUCCCUCUGCCAGAGUAAGCAGAACAGUAAAUAAAUGUGUAAAUGAGUCA